AUGGCCGCUCAGCGUCCCCCGUCGUCGGCCUCGAGGCGCGCCCGCGAGGGCUCCCAUAACGAGGUCCCCAUAGGCCGCUACUUGAGGUUGGACGAGAUUGGACGAGGCAGUUUUGCGACGGUCUAUCAGGGCAUCCAUUCUAAACAUCGCUCCUACGUCGCCAUCAAGUCGGUCAACCUGUCGAAACUCAACAAGAAGCUCAAAGAUAAUCUGUCCUCGGAGAUCGACAUUCUCAAGGGCCUCCACCACCCCCACAUCGUCGCUCUUAUCGAUUGCCAUGAGUCCACCUCGCACAUCCAUCUGGUCAUGGAAUACUGCGCCCUGGGAGACCUGUCCCUCUUCAUCAAGAGGCGGGAAACGCUGGGGAACCAUCGCUACACCCGCGAUAUGAUAGCCAAGUACCCCAAUCCUCGAGUUGGUGCUCUCAAUGAGGUCAUCGUCCGACACUUCCUCAAGCAAUUGUCCAGUGCCCUCAAGUUCCUCCGGGAUCGGAAUCUGAUCCAUCGGGACAUCAAACCUCAGAAUCUUCUUCUGUGUCCCUCCCCAGCCUCAUACCGCAAUGGCAUCGCUCAAAUCAUCCCCUUCAAAGGAAGCGAGGACUCUUUUACCCCCUUGGCGGGGCUGGAUUCCCUGCCCAUGCUCAAGAUUGCCGACUUUGGCUUUGCUCGUUCCUUGCCGUCGACGUCGUUGGCCGAAACACUCUGCGGCUCGCCGCUCUAUAUGGCUCCCGAGAUUCUACGAUAUGAGAAAUACGAUGCUAAGGCGGAUCUCUGGUCGGUGGGAACGGUCCUGUACGAGAUGGUGGUCGGGAAGCCGCCCUUUAGGGCGUCCAAUCACGUCGAACUCCUUCGCAAGAUCGAAAAAGGUGAAGACAAGAUCCGGUUUCCGGAGGAGAUUGAAGCGUCCGAUGAUAUCAAGAAACUCAUCAAGGGCCUUCUCAAACGGAACCCCGUGGAGAGAAUGACUUUCAAGGACUUCUUUGAGAGCCCCGUCAUCAAAGAUGAAAUUCCGGGACUGGUCGGUGACGAUCUCCCUGUGACUCGUCGCCAUCCUUCGGCGGAUGUCGAAGCGGCCGGUCCCAAUCAGACCCGUCCGGAUUCCCGAGAAUCGAGGCCGCGGUCCGUACGUGAUGGAGGAGCAUUCGAGGAAGUCAAAGAGCCACCUGUUGCUGGCCGUGAGCGUUCUCCUGCGGUCCCGCAGCAGCCGGUUCCUACCCGUCUCGACUCACCGAAAGCGGAUGCCAUGCGGCGGAUUGGAAGUGGCGAUAAGCUGGCAGCCAGGGGUGAUGACCUGCAACGCGCUGCUGUCACGGCUCGACAAACACCUCCAGGACGGCAAGAAUCGGUGGAUCGCAACCCCACGCCCCCGGCGGCCGCAGAGCGCAAGAAAGGCCGUGUUCCCGCCACUCCGGAGGCCUCGCCAACGGCCGAUCAGGAGGCGCGGGCAAGGGAGGAGCGGGAACGGGCGGCUCAGGACGUCGCCUUCGAGCGCGACUACGUGGUCGUGGAGAAGCGUGCAGUUGAAGUCAACGCGUUUGCCGAUGAGCUCGCCAACAGCCCGCGUAUUCGGGCCGGCGUCUCUAACCAGGGUACACCCCGGCAAGCGGGAGCCCUUACGCGGCGGGCUACGGUGCAGAAUGUGUCAACGGCAGCAGGCAACCACCAGACUUCGUCUCCGAAGGCCGCGCAGACGACCGGCGGACGCCCCCGAGCCGACUCGCAUCACCGCCAAGGUUCCUACGAACGUCGAUACGGUCAGAGCCCGUCAUCCGCAACUUCUGCGAUUUCCAAGGCGUUGAAUAUGGCGAGUGGUCGGCUCUUCGGCGUUGGCUUCUCCCCUCCUCUCACUCUCGGCAAGGGCGGCCGUUCCCCGCCUUUGGCGUAUAAUCCGUACCCUGCCUAUCCGACGGCUCAACAGAGCCUCGUACUCGCGGGCGAUGGCCAGAAAGGCAAUGCUGCUGUGGACGAAGAUACCAAGGUCGUCCAGUCCAUCGAGGAAUGUGCAACUCGUAGCGACGUCGUCUACGGGUUUGCGGAAGUCAAGUACAAGCAGCUCAUUCCUCUCACUCCGUCUGUGCAGACCGAUACACCGGACAAGCCUGCCACGGGAGACCGAGGUUUUGCGGAGACGGACGAUGGCGAGCUGACGCCCGAUGCGAUUGUCACCUUGUCGGAAGAGGCUUUGGUGCUCUACGUCAAGGCCCUGUCCUUGCUGGCGAAAUCAAUGGACAUUGCCGGCGCGUGGUGGGCGCGCAAGAACCGUGGCGAUGGUCUCGCCGAGGGGAAGGAAGGCAUGUCUGCGACGAGUGCCUUGGUGGGCACUCGCAUCAACAAUGUCGUCCAAUGGGUCCGCAGCCGAUUCAACGAAGUGCUGGAGAAGGCUGAAUUUGUUCGCUUGAAGCUGAUUGAAGCUCAAAAGCGACUUCCGCCCGACCACCCCAGUCAUCCCAACAACCACCCCACCGACACGACCUCUGUAGGAGGACUGGGCACCUCGGCGGAUAAUGUUGUGGUCAGCUCUGGGGUUACGGCGGAAAAGCUGAUGUACGACCGAGCGCUCGAGAUGAGCCGGGCCGCUGCCAUCAACGAGCUCACUGGGGAAGACCUUCCGGGCUGUGAGAUUGCAUACGUGACCGCUAUCCGGAUGCUCGAGGCUGUUUUGGAGACGGACGAAUUGCCUCGGUCCGGCAAGGGCGGCGAGAAAGGGGCUGAUGCAGACAAGGUGGUUCUUGAUGGAGUGCAGGUCGAGGAUCGCAAGGUGGUCAUGAAACGUAAGUAUUUCUGCCGAUCCAGUCCGUUUGUGGGGAUCCGGGACGAGGAAAUUUGA